AUGUUCCCCGGGGCACCGCCGGGGGUGGGCAGAGGCAGGUGGUUGCCCCAGGAGCCGGUACCCGGAGAAGCUGUGCUGAUGGGGGGGCUGCUGGUCCUGGGAGAUGCCCAGUUGGCCACACCAGGGUGGGAGGUCAUUGGGGUGACUGUGAAGGCUCGCUGUCCUCUAGUGCACCGGGGACAUCUCCCACAGGCAUGCGGCUGGACCGUCUGCGAAGUUACCUCCCACUGCUCCACCUGCUACUACUCAGAUUUGCAGCAUUCUGCAGUGAUUGAAGAACGAGACAACUUGAAGGCACUACUAAAAAAUUUGGAUUUGCAGCAUCGUGCAGUGAUUGAAGAACGAGACAACUUGAAGGCACUACUAAAAAAUUUGGAUUUGCAGCAUCAUGCAGUGAUUGAAGAACGAGACAACUUGAAGGCGCUACUAAAAAAUUUGGAUUUGCAGCAUCGUGCAGUGAUUGAAGAACGAGACAACUUGAAGGCACUACUAAAAAAUUUGGAUUUGCAGCAUCGUGCAGUGAUUGAAGAACGAGACAACUUGAAGGCACUACUAAAAAAUUUGGAUUUGCAGCAUCGUGCAGUGAUUGAAGAACGAGACAACUUGAAGGCACUACUAAAAAAUUUGGAUUUGCAGCAUCGUGCAGUGAUUGAAGAACAAGACAACUUGAAGGCACUACUAAAAAAAAUGGAAGGUCAACAAGGAUGGAUUAUUUUUGGAGGGAGUGCUUACUAUGUUUCUUCGACCACUAAAAGCUGGCAAGAAAGUCGAAAUGAUUGUCGUCAAAGAGGUGCAGACCUGAUAAUUAUCAACAGUAAAGAAGAACAGAGUUUUGCAAACCAGUUGAAGAUGAACUUGUGGAUUGGUCUGACUGACUCAGAGAAUGAAGGGACAUGGAAAUGGGUGGAUGGGAGUCAACUCACCACAAGCUACUGGGGUCAAUAUGAGCCAAAUGGUAACAGAAAAGAAAACUGUGGAGAAAUACAGACUUUUGACAAAGAAAGCAGCUGGAAUGAUAAGGAUUGCUCCUAUUCACGCUCCUGGAUAUGCGAGAUGAGACUUCCACUGUAACUCAGAAAUAAGAAGAAAAGACACAUUCAUGUUGUUUUUAUCUACAGCUUAUCAGG